CCUUCCAGGCUCAGGCCUCCAAGUCAAGGCAGCUUUUCCAGCUUCGAAGGCUUCCGAGCCCCCCCCCCCUUCGCAAUCCCGGACGCUUUUGGGGAGGUGUCUCUCGGAGUGGGGGGGGGAGUGGCGCGCGGCGGGAGGAGGCCGCCAGAAGGUAUCGGGAAGCGGAUUCAGCCGGGCGACUCGUCAAAGGGCGGGCUCGCGAGCGGAGGUGGCCGGAAUCGACCAAUGAGCGGACGGCGGCGGCGGCCGUGGCCAAGGCCUGGAAGAAGGUUAUGCGCGAUCCUCUUCUUCUCCUUUCGGGCUCGUCGCGAAGUAGCCUUCUGGGCAUUGCCAGGGUGGCCCUCCGCCUGUCUUCCCCGCGACCCCACUUCCCGGGUGUUGCUUCUCUCGCAGAAGGAGGCUGGAGGAGGGUGGGUGCGCCUGGCGCCCCUGAGAUGGGCCCGGGAAAGGGCCGUGGCGCUCUGCUGCUGAGCGGAUCCGCGCCCCCUCUCCUAUACUUUGGCGUUAAAGAUGGCUUUUGUUGACGGUCGUUUUAUCCGAGAUCGCGCGUAUAAAGAUAAUUUAGCCCCGAUGCAGCCGAGCAGGAGACGCAAAAUCGAGUGGGACGGCUUCGCUGCAAGCUCACCUGCGAAAUUCAGCAAGAUCGCCGAAGCACCGGCCCAGCCUGCUCGCGGAAGUCCCGGCGUCAGCGGGCCGGCCGCGUUUGGGAACACCCGCGUUUUCUCCCCGGUCUUUUCCUGCAGGGAGUUCUCCCGAACUUCGUUCGCUGCCGCGGAUUCUUCCUCUGAUGAAUUUGAAGUAGAUGAUGAUAUCAGCGGCGGUGGGCAAGAGCCUCCUGUCCUCAGCAAAACCUUCCUCACAAAGCCCACUGCUUCCGACAUGGAGACGAAAAAUGUGGCAUUUUCCCCUCGGGAAUCCCUGAAACUAAAGAUCAAGCAAGAAGAUUGCAGUGAUGCAAGAAUAAAUAUUGCAGCAGUCCCUGAAAGAAAAAAUGAUUUAAAAGAAAAGUGGCUGGCUGAAUGUGGCCGGAAAAGAAUAAAAGGCCAAGAUCAGGAUGAGGGAUCUCGAUUAAUAUAUCGUAAAGCUCUGCUCGGUAUAUUAGGGGGACAAUUGCAAGCCCGAAGAAAACCAUCUUUAAAUGGAAUUCAUAAGGAAAGCCCUUCUAAAGAAGAGGAACUUGGUUCAAUUAACAGCAUGAGACAAUUUUCGGUUGUAUCAGAAAUUAAAGAGCAACAAACUGGAAACAAAUCACAUUGCUUGAAAACUGCACCAAAGGAACGUAUUAAUAUUUCUGUUAAGCAAGGCAAUAAAGAAUCAUGUUGGUCAGAUGGCAGUUCAAGACGUGUAUCUCUAAUGUCAAGUUCAGAAGAAAAAGACCAAGAAUCCAACAUUCAGAAGGUUUUAUUGAAAUCAGAAAGCUCUGCAGAAUUGCGAUUUGAAAAAAAAACAGAGCUUCAGCAGGACUCCAACUUCAAAAAAGCUACUCCACAAAAAGAAAAUAAAACUUUGAAGUACAGUACAAAAGAGAUUUCUAAACCAGGAACUGGAUUGACACAAAUUUCCACAAUAUCAAGACCAGAGCAUGAAACAGAUUUUCAACUGGAUCCCAACACUGAGAAAGCAAUUACAAAAACAGAUAAUAAAAUUGGGCAUAGUGUUAAAGUUUCCAAACCAAGGCAUGGUUCAAAACAUAGACAUAAACGAUCAAAAUCUGAAUAUGAUUUGGAACUUCAACAGACUUCCAGCUUUAAGAAGACUCUGAAAGACACAGAAGACAAAAGUUCUAAAUAUAGCGUAAGAGAACUUGCCAAACCUUUGGUUAGGUCAAAGGAAAGUCAUCGAUUGUCAAGACUUGAGAAUGAACUUGAUGUGCAAGAAGAUUCCAAUGUUGAAAAAGCUUCUACAAAAAGAGAAAAUAAAACUAAGUGUAACACAAGAGAACUUUCCAAACCAGUGGUUACUUCCAAAUACGUUCACAUACGAUCAAGUUAUGAAGAUGAAGUAGAAGUUUAUCAGGGAUCAGAUGACUCGCAAGUUUCAGUAAAAGAAAAAAUAGAUGUUGGGCAGAGUAAAACGAAGAAAGAAAAUAGCCGCUCAGAGCACAAAUUUAAAAGCAAGUCUAGCUGUUCACAAAUUGGAGGGCAAAAAGAUGAACAAGUCUCUCCUAAACAGCUAAGUAAAAUCUCUGAUGGGAAUAUUUUUGUUAGCCAAAGUAAAAAAAAAUGGGGGAAAUCAGAAACCAACUUGAGAAGCAUAGUUGAAAAUUCAAAAUGUGAAGCCGAAGAGACCAAGCAGAAUAGUAACAAUCAGAAAGCUCUUAUAAAAGGCAUUAGUGCUUCUGCAAAACAAAAAAACAUAACAAAAGACCAAUGUAUUUCCUCCAUUUCAUCCAGUGCACAAAGUGAUGCCACAGAGAAGUUUGUGAAUUUCCAGACAACUGUUGAAUCCUCUCAAGAAUCAGUGUUAAUGGAUGAUUCAGAAACAGAUCGAAAGUUUAUGGAGCCCAAGAAAGAGCUUUCAGCUGAAAAUAUUUGGUCCGACACAGAAGAUGGAGAAUCACUGGUUACUUUUUCACAAGAAGAUUCCAUCCCUAACCACAAUCUUUCAGAACCAAAGGAAAUGUCAUUGUCAACGACAGAAUUUGUGAUGUAUCCUCCUCAUUUAUACAGUCAGAAAAUGAGUGAUUAUACAAAAUACUGGACAAGCAGUCCAAAGCCAACACAUUCUUUUUCAAGCCCCACUGAAAACACCUCAUAUUCCAAUAAUCUCUGUGAUAUUUCUUUAGAACGCUCAGUGAAUACAACGAAGGAUAAAAAACCUUCAGUGGAAAGUAUGCAAGAGAGAGAGUGGUUAUAUGGUUCGUUAUUGGACUAUAAAGAGAAAAAAAGACGUCAUAGUAUGGAAAUAGGAUCAUAUGUUCCCAUCUUCUCAUCACGCAAGUCACAUUCUUUCACUAAUAAUUUUGUAAACCAGGAUUUUCCUAGAAGUUUGCCCAAAUAUUUAGAAGAAGGGUUUAUUGACACGCACUGUCAUUUGGACAUGUUAUAUUCAAAAACAGAUUUCAGAGGUUCUUUUUCUGAAUUUAGGAAAAUAUAUAGUGGCACUUUUCCUAAAGAAUUUCAGGGCUGCAUAGCUGAUUUUUGUGACCCUCGUACUUUAAAAAACAACUUGUGGGAAGAUUUAUUAAAAGAAGACAUGGUUUGGGGGGCAUUUGGCUGCCAUCCGCAUUUUGCUCGUUAUUACACAGAACUUCAUGAAAGAAAUAUCUUGCAGGCAAUGAGACACCCCAAAGCGAUUGCCUUUGGCGAAAUAGGACUGGAUUACUCUCAUAAAUGUAGUACAGAAAUUUCAACGCAGCAUAAGGUUUUUGAGAGGCAACUGAAUCUAGCUGUUUCCUUAAAGAAGCCUUUGGUUAUACACUGCAGAGAUGCUGAUGGUGAUCUAUUAGAAAUCAUGAAAAAAUGUGUACCAAAAGACUACAAAAUACACAGGCAUUGCUUCACUGGCAGGUAUAAUGUCAUUGAACCACUUUUAGACUACUUUCCAAAUCUAACUGUUGGAUUCACCGCGUUGCUGUCUUACCCAUCAGCAAUUGAGGCUAGAGAAUCUGUUCGAAAAAUCCCAUUAAGUAGAAUAGUGGUAGAAACAGAUGCACCUUAUUUUCUUCCUCGGCAGGUGCCAAAAAGUGUUAGCCGGUUUUCUCAUCCUGGUGUAGCUCUGCACACAGUGAAAGAGAUUGCCUGUCUCAAAGAGGUGUCAUUACCUGUCAUGUUAGCUGUUCUAAGGCGAAACACCAACAAAAUUUAUAACUUGUAAGAAGGUGCAAAGAGAAGAGGGAAGAACUGAAGAGGAAAUGCUUUUGUAAAGUUGGUUUGAUCCUUUUAAAUUUAUUUCGUAAUGUAAAUAUAGACCUAAAUUUGGAAUAUCCUUUAAUAACUUUUUUAAUUUGUUCAAUUCUGUUACUUGUUUCUGCUCUUUAAUGUGCCUCGCUGUUGAUUUUAAUUCUAAGAGUUUUGGGUUUUUAGUUGUUAAACCUUGGGGGCACAAACUGUCAGUAUUUUAAUUUUUCAGAAAGAAAACAGAAACAAACCUGAAGUGCUCUUAAAAUUAUCAAGCUAAAUUUAAGUAUUUCUUCUGAGCAGCAAAUCACCUAACUGCUGCAAUAAAAACAUUACCCACUUAUCUAACAUACAUGUAGAAAUAACCUCAAAGAAGUAAUGAAGUGUAUUUUCUGUUUCUGAACAUUUUUUUCCAACACACUAACCCAUUCACUCUUUUCACAGAAUAAAAGUAAAUGCUAAAUCAUUUUUAAAGAGACACAAAUAUUGUUUACAUACAUUUACUGAAAGUCACAGAAAUUCCCUAGCUGAAUUAUGCUGAAGUGAAAAAUACCUGCAUGCAUGCAGGCUAAUGAAACAAAGUUAAGGGAGUAAAAUAGUGUAUCAAGAUUAUUCAUAAAAGGCUUUUAAUUUCUAUUUGAAUUUAUUCAUUUUUAAUUUCUUCAGAGAGUUUUUAACUAGGAAAGUGAUUAUACAGUAUAUCACAUAAGUAAGUACACUCCCUCACAUUUUGUAAAUAUUUAAGUAUAUCUUUUCAUGGGACUGAAGAAAUGACAAUUGGCUACAAUGUAAAAGUAGUGAGUGUACAGCUUGUAUAGCUGUAAAUGUGCUGUCCGCUCACAAUAACGCAACACACAGCCAUUAAUGUUUAAACUGCUGGCAACAAAAGUGAGUACACCCCUAAGUGAUAAUGUCCAAAUGGGCCCAAAGUGUCAUUAUUUUGUGUGGCCACCAUUAUUUUUCAGCACUGCCUUAGCUCUCUUGGGCAUAGAGUUCACCAGAACUUCACAGGUUGCCACUGGAGUCCUCUUCAACUCCUCCAUGACGACAUCACGGAGCUGGUGGAUGUUAGAGACCUUGCGCACCUCCACCUUCCGUUUCAGGAUGCCCCACAGAUGCUCAGUGGGUUUAGGUCUGGAGACACGCUUGGCCAGUCCAUCAUCUUUACCCUCAGCUUCUUUAGCAAGGCAGAGGUCGUUUUGGAGGUGUGUUUGGGGUUAUCAGGUUGGAAUACUGCCCUGCAGCCCAGUCUCCGAAGAGAGGGGAUCAUGCUCUGCUUCAUUAAUGGCUGUGUGUUGCGUUACUUUGAGGGAACAGCACAUUUACAGUUAUACAAGCUAUAUAUGCACUACUUUACAUUGUAGCCAAGUGUCAUUUCUUCAGUGUCGUCACAUGUAAAGUUAUACUUAAAUAUUUACAAAAUGUGAGGGGGGUGUACUGUAUGUUUCUAUAAUUUUAUGAAUUACUUUGACUUUAAACAAUUUAUUUGUCAAUAAAUUAUUUUUGUACCAGUGUUCUUAUAAUUAAUCAUCUUGGCAACAGAAAUUAAUCUUGUAGUCAAUAACACUGAAAAGAAACAUUCCUUUGUCUUCAAAGCAGCUGUGUGUUUUAUCUUUAAAUUUUAUUUCUGUAGAUACUUUUGGUCAUGUUAUUAAAUAUGUUUCACAGUGUUUGUGAAAGUAGUUUUUUAAAUAAUCCCCCCCCUUUUGCACGUCUGUUCAAGGUGUACACAUUAAGAAGGAAUGACAAUAUGAUACUAUCAUCCUGCAAAUAUGCUAAAGGAAUGCCACAAGAUUAAGAACAAAAAUGUCUUUUCCUUCAAGAUCAUACUUGCCCCUUUAAUUUUGGAAUUUUGUAAUAAACUAAUACUUGCUUUUUGGCUCCAAAGCAUGAGGCAACUCUGUACAGCUUACAUUAUUAAAUAGUGAA